AUGCGCAUUAGGUGGCCGCGUCUCGCACAGCUGCCUGUAACGCUCCCUACCCGAGGUUCUGCGCUUGCGCAGCGUCACACGCCCCGUCCUCCAGCUGAUCUACGUCACUUCCGGUGCGGCCUCAGGAGGGUCACUGCCCCCUCCCACCAAGAGAUAUAUCAGCCAAUCACCGGGGACCCGGGAGAGACCAUUCAGCUACCACAGGUAGGGAGGGUUGGAAUUAACUAUCUAUAUAUAUCUGUAUACAUAGGGGGGGGGGAGAGACUCUGUCAGUGUGUGUAUCUCUAUCAGUGUGUGUGUCUCUGUCAGUGUGUGUGUCUCUGUCAGUGUGUGUCUCUGUCAGUGUGUGUCUCUCUGUCAGUGUGUGUCUCUCUGUCAGUGUGUGUCUCUGUCAGUGUGUGUCUCUGUCAGUGUGUGUUUCUCUGUCAGUGUGUAUCUCUGUCAGUGUGUAUCUCUGUCAGUGUGUAUCUCUGUCAGUGUGUGUCUCUCUGUCAGUGUGUCUCUCUGUCAGUGUGUGUGUCUCUGUCAGUGUGUGUCUCUGUCAGUGUGUGUGUCUCUGUCAGUGUGUGUCUCUGUCAGUGUGUGUGUCUCUGUCAGUGUGUGUGUCUCUGUCAGUGUGUGUGUCUCUGUCAGUGUGUGUGUCUCUAUCAGUGUGUGUGUGUGUCUCUGUCAGUGUGUGUAUCUCUGUCAGUGUGUAUCUCUGUCAGUGUGUAUCUCUGUUAGUGUGUGUCUCUGUCAGUGUGUGUGUCUCUAUCAGUGUGUGUGUCUCUGUCUGUGUGUCUCUGUCUGUGUGUGUAUCUCUGUCAGUGUGUGUGUCUCUAUCAGUGUGUGUGUCUCUAUCAGUGUGUGUCUCUGUCUGUGUGUGUAUCUGUCAGUGUGUGUAUCUCUGUCAGUGUGUGUAUCUCUGUCAGUGUGUGUAUCUCUGUCAGUGUGUGUCUCUGUCAGUGUGUGUAUCUCUGUCAGUGUGUGUCUCUGUAUCAGUGUGUGUGUCUCUAUCAGUGUGUGUGUCUCUAUCAGUGUGUGUCUCUGUCAGUGUGUGUGUCUCUGUCAGUGUGUGUGUCUCUGUCAGUGUGUGUGUCUCUAUCAGUGUGUGUAUCUCUAUCAGUGUGUGUCUCUGUCAGUGAGUGUGUAUCUGUCAGUGUGCGUGUGUAUCUGUCAGUGUAUCUCUGUCAGUGUGUGCGUGUGUCUCUGUCUGUGUCUCUGUCUGUGUGUGUCUCUGUCUGUGUGUAUCUCUGUCAGUGUGUGUGUAUCUGUCAGUGUGUGUGUGUCUCUGUCAGUGUGUGUGUCUCUGUCAGUGUGUGUGUCUCUGUCAGUGUGUGUGUGUCUCUGUCAGUGUGUGUCUCUGUCAGUGUGUGUCUCUGUCAGUGUGUGUCUCUGUCAGUGUGUGUCUCUGUCUCUGUGUGUCUCUGUCUGUGUGUCUCUGUCUGUGUGUCUCUGUCUGUGUGUGUCUCUGUCUGUGUGUCUCUCUGUCUGUGUGUGUCUCUGUCUGUGUGUGUCUCUGUCUGUGUGUGUCUCUGUCUGUGUCUCUGUCUGUGUCUCUGUCUGUGUCUCUGUCUGUGUCUCUGUCUGUGUCUCUGUCUGUGCGUGUCUCUGUGCGUGUCUCUGUGCGUGUCUCUGUCUGUGCGUGUGUGUGUCUCUGUCAGUGUGUGUGUGUGUGUGUGUCUCUGUCUGUGUCUCUGUCAGUGUGUGUGUGUGUGUGUGUGUCUCUGUCAGUGUGUGCGUGUGUCUCUGUCAGUGUAUCUCUGUCAGUGCGUGUGUCUCUUUGUCAGUGUAUCUGUCAGUGUGUGUGUGUAUCUGUCAGUGUGUGUGUGUGUGUCCGUGUCUCUGUCAGUGUGUGCGUGUCUCUGUCAGUGUGUGCGUGUCUCUGUCAGUGUGUGCGUGUCUCUGCCAGUGUGUGCGUGUCUCUCUGCCAGUGUGCGUGUGUCUCUCUGCCAGUGUGCGUGUGUCUCUCUGCCAGUGUGCGUGUGUCUCUCUGCCAGUGUGCGUGUGUCUCUCUCAGUGUGUGUGUGUGUGUGUGUGUGUCUCUCUGUCAGUGUAUCUCUGUCAGUGUGUGUGUGUGUCUGUCAGUGUGAGUAUGCCUCUGUCAAUGUGUGUGUGUCUGUUUGUCAGCGUGUGUGUCUUUUUAGGUACCUUCCCCCUUCCGAUUACAUUAUUGGUGUUUUUACUCACUUUUUCCCCCCCACGCCGUGCUGGUUUCGUCGUGGCUUGUCCCGCCUCCAUAGCUGAGAUCUUAAUGAUCUCAGCUAAGCCAAUGCUUUUCCAUAGGAAAGCACUGGGAGGAUAUUGAGCAUGUUCUCAAUGGGUAACAUUCAGCGCCUCCAUGCAGAGCACUGACACAGGACUCUCUAAUGGCCGUCUGAGUGACUGUCACUAGAGGUUUUAGUAGGCAGCAAUGUAAAUGCUGCCUUUUAUCUGAAAAGGCAGUGUUUACAUUGAAAAGGCUACAGGGACAGGCAAUAGGCACCGGAACAACUACAUUAAUCUGUAGUGGUUCUGGUGACUAUAGUGUCCCUUUAAAAAAAAAAAAAAAAAUGGCUCCUAGAUUCCAAACAAAUUUGUCAAGCCCUGGUGUAAUGUGUGUAGUUCACUCUGUGUGUAUAGUGCAAGCACGGAGUCUGUUGAUGUAUAGUGUAAGCACAGGGGCUGUUAGUGUGUGAUGUGCACAAUGUAAACAUGGGUGCUGUUAGAGGGCAAUGUGUUUAGUGCUAACACACAAAAAACCAUUUCUCUCAAGAGCAUAAUGUGAAUUGUGCAAACACAGGAUUUUUAGUUUGCAAUGAAUAUAGUGAAAAAUAAAAGGGGAUUUUUAGAGUGCAGGUUAGGGGGAGUUAGUUUGUAUAGUACAAGCAUAGAGGAUACUAGUGUGUAAUUUAGCGCAAGCACAUGGCCUGUUUUAUUUGGUGGCAUUCAUCAACUAUGCAUUACACGCUGGUAUUUGAUGUGCUUUUCAUGCUUUGUGGACAUUGUGGUUUGAUAAUAUAUUAUGGUAUAGUCUUCACUGUAAAAAAAAAAAUACAUUCUUUUGUGAUUUUUAAUUAAACAUUUUUUAUAUGUUUAUUUGUUUUUCUUAUUUCAUCAGGUAACAAUGACUACACUAACACGCCAAGACUUGAACUUUGGACAAGGUAAUGGCAGUAAUUUUGCAUUAUGAAAUACAUGUACCAAUUCCAUUUAAUCAUAUGUUCUCUGUUAGGAAUGAAGGACGUGUUCAGACCUGGGCACAUUUCUCUGGUGCCAAUAAGGGUAUUAGUCAAAACUCCCUCUUUUACCAUCUUCAGUUAAAACAUAAAUAAAAACAGAGCACUAUAUUGUCAGUCGAUUGCACACCCCAAAAAAAUAUACAUUUUCUGUCUUCUUUUAUUCAGAAUUCACAGCAGUCAAUGAUUAAAAAACAUAAAUACAAAAGAAGCCCACGAUUGUGCGGAAUAUCAGAAUUUUACAAUCACCUCACAGUAUAACAUACUAAAAAUUUAAUAGACACAUUUUUUGCGAACUCUGGGGAGACAUCAGGGAGAUAUGGCACUGACCUCUCUACGCUGCCCUGUGUUGAAAUAUAUAUUUUAAAAUUAGGGGGUGUGAGUUCAGUGGUGUCCUAUUCCUGCACCAGGUCCUUAGUGAAAGCUUCUCCGAAUCAUUAAACUAUUUAGCCUAAUCGUAUCAACACCUGUAUAAGCUGUAUUGUUGUGCUGUAUGUCCAUUACUGUAUUAAACAGCAGAUGAUUCUUCUAUAAAGUAGUUUAUGGAUAUAUUUCAGCUUGUGUUAAUUGUUCUAGUACUACGCCUAUUAUAUACAAUACUGGGGACAAGUGUUUGGUAAAAUAUAAUGGUCACAUAAUGCAUUAAAUUGCUACAGUGAUGCUGAGCUAACAUGUACUUUGUAUUUCCCUUAGUUGUUGCUGACAUUUUAUGUGAAUUUCUCGAAGUGGCUGUUCAUCUCAUACUCUAUGUUCGUGAAGUUUACCCCAUUGGGAUUUUCCAGAAAAGAAAGAAAUACAAUGUGCCAGUACAGGUCAAGUAUACGUUAAUUUUGUAUUUGUACUGUGUAAAACCAAGUGUGAUGUCCUUAAAGUGCAAGGUGGGUGGCAUUUUAUAAAACACAGCAUUUCAAUAAUAAAUUACUAACAGUAUAGAUUACAUUUUAUUUGUGUACUAUGUGCAAUCAGCAUUGACAUACAAACCAAACGCAUGGUGGGUGUUUGACAGCCUGCUGGGCAUUAUAUAUGUAUAGAGCACAGUUGUACAUGCAGUCUGCAGUAGAGGUCCACAUCCAUAUUACCGUUCCUGGUGAUUUUGCUAUCACACUGUAUAGAUUAUCUGAAGCAAGCUUGUGCAUUUAAAGAUGGUGCCCUAGUUAAUUCUUAGUAAUGUAGGCUGAAUCUCUUUUGGAGUGGGAAUUGACAACAGGCAACACGGUAAAAUAGCUUUAAUCAGAUAUUUCUUGAAUCCUUUGUAGAUGUCGUGUCAUCCAGAACUGAACCGCUAUAUCCAAGACACGCUGCACUGUGUGAAACCGCUUAUAGAAAAGGUAAGAAAUGACAUGUGAUAAUGUAGUGCAAGUGUAACAUUUAAUCGGCACCUCGAAAAUGUAGACGUUAUCUAAAAGAACAGUAUGUAGGGAAUCCUCUUGAUGCUGUGUAUAUUGAUUAACUGGCAAUGGAUGUGGCAACACUCCAGGUGGAUUAAGUGUACAAACUCAUCUUUCCCAGAAUCAAGCUGGGAAUCCCGAGAGAGAAUUCCUAGACAAGGUAAAGCUGCGGCAGUAUGUUAUCCCUUUAACUAUAUGCAGAGCUGCAGCUACUAAACCUGGAACUUUCAUCUGCUGUGUAUGAUGCUAAAUUCACAAACUGUAAGUUUAACCUUUAUUGAUGGGAUUUCAGGAAUUGUGAAUAUACUAGACUCGCCUACUGGUACUGCACGCCCCAAAAAACUAACACCUGUACCCCACUCUGGAUCCGGGUGCUGAGAGAGAGAAUUGAGAACCUCAUCCACGUCUGGUGGAGAUGUUCUAAACUCAAGCCAUCCAGAAUGCUAUUCAUACAGUUAUUUCACAGCCAGAGGACACCCCACUCCCAUUCAAUGAAGAAGCCUAUCUGCUCCACCUUAAUUGCCUUCCCGUGCAAUGGUAUCAAAAGUCUGUUCUACCUCAUCUGACCGCUGCCUCAUUUCCACCUUAUGGAAAAGACUGGGAGGCACCUACCAUACGGGACUGGAUCUUUACAGUGGAAGAAAUGUGCUUGUGUGAAGAACACAUCCCAUGGCCUCAGACAACCACCUACGCCACAUUUGGAUGUGGUUACAAUAGAUUAAAUUGCUCUCUGAUUGGUCUAUAGCUGGGGGUAUAUCCGCUGUAGUUCUCCCAAAUCCCCAGUGAAGCAGUGAUUAUAGCUCCAAAUUCCCCAAACAUCAGUCUAGACUGAUGAAGGGUAGAAACGAAUGAUCUGAGCGCCCAAGUUAGUGCUCAGAUCUAUGCAGUGUAGGGGAAAUGCCACCGUGCCAAAGUUCUGACUGGCCGCACACCUGGUCCGAUGCCCAAAACAGUUCCAUGGCGUUUGGUGCUUUUGACGGUCAACUUUAGGGAACUCCUGUGGCCACAAUACAGGGUGCUCCACCUGGCUCUUUUGUAGCGUUUGUCUCAGGCACCUUCUCUCCAAAAAGUGCUCACCUGGCGGAUUUCAAAGUCGCUCAAAACCCUGGACCAAGUUGUCCGGGAGCUGCACGGUCACCUCAUACCGAAAAAGUACGAUAACAUUUGCGGCUAAGUCCCGCUUAGGUGACCGGAAACCUACCGAAUUUAGUUCCAUAACUAUCGCGGCUAAGUACCGCUGAGGACAAUUUGUGGGUUUCUUCAUGCGAACGGCUGCCAGGGAGCUAGUUUUCGCUUCCAUUCGAAUUAAGGGAAAGUGCUGAACCAGGGAAAGCUGCCAAUGGAGGCUGGGGAAAUUAAACUCCCGAACAGGGUCUUUGUAUGUGGCCAUUGUCCUUGGGCAGGAGGCUAGCAGGCUCCUCCAGGAGUUCGUGACAAACGUCCAGGAUAAGCAGUGUUUGUCACAGCCCAAAUCCCCCUAGUCUUGUGGUGGGAUCUUUACCCCUGAUGGUGUGGUCUCACAUGGUCCCUUGACCAAAGUCACAUACUAACCCCUAUCACUCUCCCUUCUCCUGACUUCUACUUCUACACUAUACUUUAACUAACUUACCAUCUUCUAACUCAGCCCAUCCCUCCCCCCUGCUUUUUUUUUUUUUCUUUCUUCUGCCCUCUAAUUUAGUUAUUUAAAGGGAAACUCCAGUGCCAGGAAAAAAAUCAAUUUUCCUGGCACUGCAGGUCCCCUCUCCCUCCCACCUCCCAACCACCCUGCCGUUGUCCCUUGGUGGUGGUUGCUUCUCGCCGCCGCUCCUCCCAGUCAUUACGUCGGCCGGUGGGCGAGACUGAUCCCGCCCACCGGCCGGGGAAACCUAAUGGGCAUGCGCAUUAGAGCUCUCCAUAGGAAAGCAUUGAAAAUGCUUUUCAAUGCUUUCCUAUGGGAAAUUGAGUGACGCUGGAGGUCCUCACACAGCGUGAGGACGUCCAGCGACGCUCUAGCACAGGUUUUCUGUGCUAUAGAGCAGGAAGUGCUCUCUAGUGGCUGUCUAGUAGAAAAACUGCAAUAAUUACACUUGCAGGGUUAAGGGUAGUGGGAGUUGGCACCCAGACCACUCCAAUGGGCAGAAGUGGUCUGGGUGCCUGGAGUGUCCCUUUAAUACUGACAUUUAUAACAUGCCAACAUAUUCCGCAGGGCUGUACAAUUGGGAAAAAGACAACAUGAUAAGAAUAAACCGACACAACAGGUAGAGGACCCUGCCCAUGAGCUUACAAUAGUCUAUUGGACUAUCGGUCCUGGUAAUGACUGUACCAUUCUGUCAACUUAGAGACAAGGGAACUUUUGGCACUCCCCCUGCCCCCCCUUUUGUUUAACUGCGUGGUUAACUGCCUCCUGCCAUAUGUGCUCCUGAUAAUCCAAGUUAUCUGGAUUCCUUUUCUGAUAUGGGCCAAUCACAUGCUUCUACCUUAUUGUACAUUGUCGCCACUAAAAGUGGAAACCAGUACGUGUAAUCUUUCCUGAUCUUUGUUGGGUUUUAUGCUUAUUUGCAAUGAAAGGUAAAACAUAAAAGCAGGACUAUGAUCCAGUACAUUGUCUUGGAAUCUAAUUAUCCGUACACUUUUCUUAUGCACUCACCUACCCACACCAUUUCCUUUUUUGUGUCCCCAGAAUGAUGUGGAAAAGGUAGUUGUGGUAAUUUUGGACAAAGAGCACCACCCUGUGGAGAGAUUUGUAUUUGAAAUUGCACAACCGCCCCUGCUUUCUAUCAGGUAAUACACACAGUGCUCUCUCAUGGUUGCGUGUGUUUUUUUUUUUUUAAAUGUAUUUUUUUUGUAUUCUGUUGUAAUUUAUUUAUUUUUUCUCCCUCAUAGUUCUGACUCCCUGCUGUCUCAUGUUGAGCAGCUACUCCGUGCAUUCGUUUUGAAGAUCAGUGUGUGUGAUGCUGUUCUAGAUAAUAACCCUCCAGGUAUGGAGCUGAAUAUCGAACAUUUUUAGACCUGAAAUUACUAUUGAGCAAGUCAUCCUUAAAAUAUAACUUUACUGGCUGGAAAUGUGUUGGUUUCCCUGGUAAGUAGUGUCUCCGUAUAUAUGUAAACACACGUUGCUUUUACUAUUAGUGAGACCUAAUCUCACACCAGAUCUAUUUGAGGAUACCAUAUUGAGAAUCUAGUCUGGCACUUUUCUCUGCUUUUUUUUUUACCAGGAUAGGGCGGAUGAAGACAGGAACAGUUUUUAAAAUGUUGAAUUCUGAGUAAUGUUUAAAAACCGUGUUAGCUUUAUGAAAAGAAAAAUGUUCUAGAGUUGGGUCAUGACAUUAUAUAUUUAUACACUCCAAUCAGAUUAAAGGGCCACUAUAGCAAAAUAAAAAUAUUUUGUAAUAGUUAUUUUAUGUUAAAGGAACACUAUAUGUUCAGGAACACAAUAGUGUUAAAACCACCCCCUUAAAAGGUAAUAAAACUUGCGCCGCACAGGCCCUUCCCCCAGUCUGCCUCCUUGCUGACAUCAGAAUUUAUGAUUUUUAUACAGGAAAGCAUUGGAUUGGCUGAAAUCGGCAAGGGGGCAAGACAGGGGUGGGGCCAAAUGCCGGCUUGGCCAAUCAGCAGCUCCUUAUAGAGAUGCAUUGAAACAAUGCAUCUCUGAGGAAAGUUCAGCGUCUGCAGCCAGAGGGUGGAGACACUGAAUGUCAGUCACAUUGUGCAUCACUCCACCAGGAAGCAGCUCUAGAAGCCAUCUGAGGAGUGGCCACAGGAGAUGUCCCUAAGGGGCAAUGUAAACACUGGGUUUUCUCUGAAAAGGCUGUGUUUGCAUGAAAAUGCCUGCCGGGAAUGAUUAUACUCACCAGAACAAAUACAAGCUAUAGUUGUUCUAGUGACUUUAGUGUCCCUUUAAUAGCCAUGUGAAAGGGAAUCUAUAUUGUGAUUCUAACCAGUCUAGAUUCACAAGCUGAGCAAUAAAGAAUACGCUGAAAUAUUUCCUUGGCAUCGGUACUAAUUAGAAGCAAGUAGAUUUCUUUUCAUUUCAGGAGAUCUAAGGGCUUUUCUUUCUGUAAUUUGCUAAGCUUAUUGUCCGGGCAUGUCUCAGUCCUUUGCUGGCAGCUCAGAGUCACACAGUGAUUCCUCAUGAACAAUUCUGUUUCUAUGAUGCAGUUUUGGAGACUGGCAGCAAUGAUACAAAUUUACAAGGUGUCUCUGCACGAGACAAGCUGAUGUCUCUGUUAUAUGUGUGACAGCAGAUGACAAACUGCAAUUACAAUAUGCUUCUAAACAAAACACUUUACUGAUCUACAUUUAAAAACCGAACACAUCAACACUUACACUUUUUAGUCAGGUUGUUAGGGGUAAAGUAAGAGUUGACGUUAUUUUCUGUGGUUCUUGUCAUUGUGUACAAUUCUCAUCCAGUGAAGGAUAAGAUUGAUCACAGCCAAGUCUUGCGUUUCUUGCAGGUUGCACGUUUACUAUCCUGGUUCAUACAAGAGAGGCUGCCACCCGCAAUAUGGAGAAGAUUCAGGUGAUUAAGGUAAAAGAAAUAGAAACAGCUGCAGUUUCUGUCAUAACAUUUCAUUGCGGACGCUAUAAUAUAAAAGCACGCGGGUUGGAACGUCUUCCUAGUUUAUGUAGAAGCUGAAUUAAAAGGCACGAAAAAUGUGUAACAUAUGGAGUAACACUGAGUGCUUCAAUUGACUGGACCACACAGCAAACACAUCCUGAUAUUUGUAUGGUAGAUUCUAAAUCCUGUGUCAGUCCCAUUAUGCUACAUUAAAGAGAGGCAUGUUAUGGUAAGCUAUUGCUAUCCAUAGCUUGGUAGUUGUCCAAACCUGGGGGGGCAAUAUGAUUAUAAAUAUUCACCUCACAGAGCAGCAACAAUUUACAGCAACCCCAUAGCAUAUAUUUUAACGUGAAUCGAAAAAGAAAAAAUGUGUCGGGCCUUAAAGGGACACCGUAGGCACUGUAUCUGCUUCAUCUCAUUAAACUGGUUAUAGUGUAUGGAGUCCCCUGGUGCCAUCAUUUCUUUCAGCAUUAAACAGUUUUUAAUGUAAUGUUUUAAUGUUAAACAAGAGACUACAGCAGUCCAUCCCCUCUGUGCUGCUUUGGCUAAUAAGGAAGUAUUACCCUGAGAGGCAAUGGGCAGCUGUGAUUGGCUGAGAUUGUCAGCUGACUGCUUUUAACCUGUCAGAGCUCCAGUGACUGUAUGAAUGGGUAUGACAACAAGGAAGUGUGUAAUCUCUGCCUUAGCUACACAUACAGAAGGGGCCGGGCUGUGGGUGUCCAGGGACUCUUAUUUUGUGGCAUACUACACAAACAUGGUGCAACACUGAAUGGAGGGACAGUGCCAGGGCACUCCAGGCACUAUAACCAAUUCAAAGAGAUGAAAUGCUUAUAGUGACUACAGUGUCCCUUUAAGGUGAAAAAGCCUAGAAUGCAAAAAAAAUGGGGGAUAACCCCUAAACAGUGAAUUACAAUUGGCAAGAAAAGAGCAAAAAACAAAAAGGAUGCAUUUCUACCUACAUGGUGUAUAAUGUCUAGAAUGUAAAAUGUAACUUUUAUCGUGUUAUUUAAACUAUAAUGGGUGACUAGAAAAAUAAGAAAAAAUAAAAGCAAUAUAGGAGAUAGGUCUUUGCUACUUUCACAGUAGUGGCUUGUUUUAAGAGACUAUAUCAGUCAAGAGCCAUGGUUCAUGUGCUCUGUGGAUAAGUACAGAGAAACAUGUAGCACUUAAUGAAAUGUGCCAUAAGAUAUGGCUACUUAAUAUCGCUGUAUGGUUUGCUGGCCAUAGGUAAUGUUGGUUGACGUUAUCUGUGGAUUAAUAGAGAGGGGCGGACAGCAGGUGAGUGAAAGAAGAAGAGAGUGUGGAGCUGUGUAUUGCUGUAUUUGUCUAAUCGGGAAUACGGAGACAACUGUACAGGGUACAUGCAAGGAGACGGCAAUAGCCGUACAGGAUUAAUGCAAAUAAGUACUAAGUGUUUGUGCAGUAAGUUACUGCUACUUUGUAAAAAAAAAAAAAAUUGUAUCUAAUCGCAAGUUCCACUAGGUAAUACACAAUAGAUCCAAAAAGGAAAAAUGCAAAUAAUUAAACAAUACUGCACAGCAAAAGAUGAUUAGUGGAUAAAUCACUAGUGCCUUCAAGGGCACCCCUUAGCAAAAAACCCUGAUUUGAAGAUGCACCCCCCUACCUUUUACAUUCUAGACAUUAUACACCAUGUAGGUAGAAAUGCAUCCUUUUUGUUUUUUGCUUUUUUCUUGCCAAUUAUAUUUUAACGUGGUUUAAAAAAAAAAAAGUGAUCUUUUAUUUCCCCAGGAUUAAAGUAUGGUUUUUGAGAUUUAUUGUAGGAGAACAGCUGAAGUUGUUUUAAACGUUUAUCAUUUAAAAAAUAUAUAUAUUGUUCUGUGCUGCUGUUGUUGUUGUUGUUGUCAUAAGAGCUGGUGCAUGAUAGGAAGAAGUAGGAAAAGGAAAAAAUAUUUAAGUGUAAAAUAAAUACACAUCAUAUAGACGUAAUAGAAUAUAUUAUACAUACCAUGAGGUAUUUAAACCUAUUCACUAAUUCCUUUACUUCCUCUCUGUGGGGCGCUCUCGCUGCAGGACUUUCCCUGGAUUCUGGCUGAUGAGCAGGAUGUGCACAUGCAGGAACCUCGUCUGAUUCCUCUCAAGACUAUGACCUCUGACAUAUUAAAGGUGAGAAGCCCUGCAUAUCAUUUUUCCCCAUUAUCAGAAUUCAUUUUGUAGGCCGAUGACCUCACUGUGAUAUUCACAAUAUAACCUAUUGACAAUCAGAAGUAGCUGGAUGGAAGAUGUCCUUAAGGACGUGCUUCUUCUAACUCGACAUUUUCCUGAGGAAAUCCCAACAGUACGAGUGAGAAGAAGCACAUCUAUCAGGACACCUUCCAUCCAGCUACUUUAUCUGCAUUCCUACAUCGGGUAUAGCGGCCUCCAGUAGUCGCGACCGGAUGGGCUUCCACCAUAAGUUGGAGUGAUUUUAUUUUUGUAGUCAGUAUUGGAUUUUGUUCCUUGUGGGAGAUUGUUUUAUAUGCAUAAGUAUUUUUAUGUGAUUAUCCACUUUUUAAUUGAGCUAUUGUAAACUUAAUUUUAGUUUUGCUGUUCCUUAUGGAUCCUGAGUUUUUAUAACAAGCUACGAGAUUGGCAACUAUUUUAUGGUAUCUAGCACCCUCUGGUGGAAUUGUAGGAUCUGUUUUCCCUAUAUUCACACUUUAUUACAGUUUAUAUGUUGUUAGUUAACUGCGUUCACACCUUGUGUUUUUACAGUCUGCAAUAUCUUGUUACUUUAGAUGCAACUUUAUGUAGAAGAGCGAGCGCAGAAAAGCACUUGAUCUCAGCUGGGAACCUGAAUUGUGGAGAUGCCUCACUUGAGAAGUCUCUGAAACAUGUCUGCUUUCAUGGUGCUAAGGAGAAUGAGCCAGCUUCCAAUGUAAAUAACAGAUUGCCACGUACAAAUGGAGCAGCCAAAACUAUAUCUCUAACAAGACUGGAUGGCAGUCUCACUGCAGAGCUCUACUUGUCUUUAUCUUAAAUACUAAUCUAUGGCUCGAGCUAUAACAGGAACUGCAGUAUGUACUUACUACACAGACAGAACAAGGAACGGUAUCACAAUGCAAAGAAGAGACUAUUUUAAGGCACAUCAAUCAAUUAAAAUAGCUGAAGGCUGAAUGAGUGCACUAAGUUAUAUUUUAACAUAUAAAUCCUUGCCACGCGAUGGGAUUUACAGAGCUUUGUGGAGAAGGCUGCCGGCAAGGAGAACAUUUUUACAGUAACCUUGAUUUAAUAUACAUAUCUUUAUGCAGUAAUUCAUUUUACAUUAGACCACAUGAGCAUUUGUUUUUAAAGAGAACAUUAAAUGCAAGCUGGUAUGGUACGGUUACUGUAUGCACAACACUACCUUAAAGGGACAAUAAGUCUUAUAACUGGACCUUUAAUCACAUUGAUACCACAUUAAAGGCAAUGUUAACACCAAGAAGUGUAUUAUUUCUCCCCUUUGAAAAGUAACCCUGUAUAGCUGGGAUCCAGCUCAGCCUCUCUGAUCCUGGCAGUUUAGGAUGGAGGUUAGUGCUUUACUGACUCUGGGAUACAUACCUGAUCUGCCAAGUAACACAUGGGAAAACUCAAUCUUUAUGCAGGAGGUUUAAAAAAAAAAAAAAAGGUACAAAUUAACCAGAUAAUUUAAACAUUUAUGUCAAACUAGCAGGAGAAUUUCUCCUAUUCACUUGGCAUAGAAUGUGAAAACCAGAGGUCAGAUAGUUGGGGAUGUCACUGAAGGCACAGACAUUUUUUAGUCUUCCAACCUUGAGUCAUGCAGGGGCAGCCUUUAGUUUCUUCCAGAGUGAAAUGACACCGUAUACCUAAUUGAAUAAGGACAUUUCAAGAUAACUGCAUAAUAUCUAUAUUUAAUGAGUAAUUUAAAGGGACAAGCACCAUAAAAACUUAAUCUUACUGAAGUGGUUAUAGUGCAAAUAAGUUUCAAACGCUUCCCCCCCACCUCGUAUGUGAAUAUAACCCCAAUCAGCCUUGCCCCUCCCAUCCCAAAUUGUUCCACUGGUGUUUCUCAUACAUAUAGUUUGCUGUGAUUUUUCACCCAGUAGCUGGUUGACCCUGAUAAGAAUUUUACUCCACAUUAGCAAUUUUCUUUUUUUU